CUCGUGCCUUGGGGUUCAAGGCAAAGAAAUUUAAAUUGGAAAUUUUAAUUAAUGAUGGACUUUCAACAACAGGAACUCAAAGAAGAGACUUGUUGACUACUUUCUUCAAGUUUUUUGGGUUGGUUUCACUUGGUGUGUUUUAUUAUUCCAAAUGGUUCAAGUGGUCAAGAUUGAAUGAUCAUCAAAAAAUUCCUUAUCUUGUCAAGUUGUUAUUGAUCAAUAUUGUAUUACAAACAACUUACUUGAUGCUGGAUAUAAUAAUGAUAAUUCUGGGGGAAAAUUCACGUAAAACGGUAAUUUAUAGCUGUUUCCAUUAUCUUCACACUCUCAUUUCAGAUUUUGAUGAAGUUGCCCUAGUGUUUUAUUUGUAUCAAUAUAGUGGGAACUUCACUUAUGACAGCUUUCAAUUUGAAUACAAGAAAGUGUUUACAUUCAUUUACCUCAUUGAAAUUGCACCAGAUUUUUUGGAUCCAUUCGUUACAAAGUUUUUCGAAUCUCAAAAGAAUCCAGAUGGAACAGAUGGUGAUUUUCCUCAACUUGGUGGUGUUAUAUUCCUAAUCAUUGGAGUGUUACUAGGUAUUUUUUAUCUUAUUCUCAAGAUCAGAACAUUUAUUAGAUACUACAGAAGUUCCAAAGAGUAUACUGAUUUUGGGAAAGGUGAUGAUCCAAAAUUCAUACAGUUUAAAUGGUUAAUUUUGACAAGAUUAUUCAUGAAUUACUUUGGAUUCAUCUGUGGUGCCACGAUGACCAUCACUUUUGGUAUAUUACACCUGAUACCAUUCUAUAAGUCAAACUUCAUGUUUGAUGAGGGAAAGUUUGCAGGUCCACAAGAGUUUUAUUUCGAGACUUUCUUGAAACAUAUAAUAGUUCUCAGUGUCAAAUAUUUCGUCUUGUUGAGAUUCUGGACACCUGAAUAUUUCGUAAAAGCGAAGAAUUAUAAGCCUAUUGAAUAGUUAUAAGCCC